AUGCCUGGCCCAGGCGCUGACGGAGAUUCAUCAACGUCGUUCUUCAACGACAUUUUUCAGUCCAAUGGGUAUCACCCGAUAUAUAAUCCGUCUGCUCACCAGGAUUCGGGGCCACCAUACCCACUGCCUCAGUACUUCCCUGUAUUCCCUCCGCCAAUCGUGUCUAUUGACGGCACAACCACUUUGGCGCCAGGUUCAGAGGAUCUCCGGCCUCUUGGAGAGCCGCUAUGUUUCGACGAGCCAUUGCCUCUCGGAGAUUCAUUCUACGUCAGAGAGCCUCCACCUCCGCCGCCUCCUCUCCCUCCUCAGGCUGGUCCUUCUGGAUCAGAGCCAUUGCCUCUCGGAGAUCCAUUCCACGUCAGAGAGCCUCUGCCGCCUCCUCUCCCUCCUCAGGCUGGUCCUUCUGGAUCAGAGCCAUUGCCUCUCGGAGAUCCAUUCCACAUCAGAGAGCCUCCGCCGCCUCCUCUCCCUCCUCAGGCUGGUCCUUCUGGAUCACGCACUCGCCAGGAAAAGCCGUUUGAGUUCAAGAUUUGGCCGUACCCUCGUGCGCGACCUAAGCUGAGGGGUAUCACCAGCGCUCAGGCUGCUUCGGAUGCUGCUCCAACAGCAUCCUUGCGACCAUCUCGUAUAGCGCCCUUAAGAUAUGACAAUAAAAUCAGAAUCCAUCGAGAAAUCUUCGAAGACGCACAUGUGAUACUGAUUACAUCCGCAAUCAAUAACUGUCCGUUCUUGACUGAACAGGAAAGGAAGACGGCAGCUCAUGAAGCACUGCUUUCGUCAGCGAAUGCAAAGGAUGAAGAGUACGGCAGUCAAUGGAGCGCAGAAAAUCUUACUGCCUUCUACAAAUCGUUCACAGUGCCGCCGUCCGCCGUCAUCAUGUCCACUACCAAGAAACAUGCCCGUAACAUCGUUCCAUUUGGAUACAGUCUUCAGCCCUCAAUCUGGUCGGAGGAUUACACACCAGAAUACUAUACAUGCUAUGGCUAUAUAUUAUAUAUAACAUCACACAUUUUUUGGCCAUUCUGA